AUGGUUGGUUCUUUGCGAGCGCUGGCCCAUUUCUAUGGCUAUGUCUACUUCAGACAAGUCGAGGACGCCGCCGUCAAAAGAGGCUACUUUCAGAAGUCUCUUGUACUGGUGUCCAGACUACCGUAUACCCACCUCUUUCAGUCCUUGCUGCAGAUCAUAGCUCCAGAGUAUUUUGAGAAGUUGGAACCUUGCCUUGAAGCAGUGUGCAACGAGAUUGACCAAUGGCAAUCUCCGGUGCCAGGGCUGACACUCAACCUACCUGUGACGGGCGUGGUCAUGCAGGUCAGGAUCCCAUCCAAAAACGACAAACCAGGGGGGAGCCCGGUGAAACAAGCCCAAAAGGAGGUUGCCCCUAUGAUGCUAUCGACCAUACAUGAGCUUGACCUCUUAAAGUGUUUCCAGUCCUUCCUGAUCCACCUGCAGAUACUCUGGAGGCUCAUGCUGAUCGGGGAGCCAGUGGUCAUCAUGGCACCCUCUCCCACUGUCUCCUCGGAAACCGUGCUGGCCCUAGCGAGCUCGAUUGCUCCACUGCAGUAUUGCUGUGAUUACAGGCCCUACUUCACCAUACACGACACUGAGUUUAAGGAGUAUACCACUACGACACAGGCACCUCCCUAUGUGAUUCUGGGGGUCACUAAUCCCUUCUUCAUAAAGACCUUUCAGUCCUGGCCCCACAUUAUACACCUUGGAGAACUCAAGAUGUCAGGUGACCUGCCUGUGAAGGUGAAGAAACUAGCCAAACUGAAAACACUGGACACUAAGUCAGACCCCUCAGAUCCGUUUCCUUCAGUCAGGAGGAGUUCAUGGGGACUGUGGAGCACGCUGGACCUCGGCUCACCUCUGUGCACAAAGGAGGAAAUUCUUCAGGUCCCCCAACUUCGAUGGCUGGUAUCGCCUGCGACACGGAGAUGGCCCAGAAACCAGAAUGUCUCCACCUAGAGGUCGUCUGUGAUGCUGACCUGCUGGGUUGGACCAAAGGCAAGUCAGAGGUGGAGAUCGUGGACCUGGUCCUGAAGCUGAGGGAAACUGAUCAGUAACCCAUCAAUAUGUCCAUUACACACACCUCAACCAUUUGUAACAUGCUAUAUUUAGUGUAAGAAAUUAAUUCUGUGCCACAAACCAUUGCGUACUAUAGUCUGUCUGUCCCCCAAUCCAGAUGAAGGCUGGAAAGCAGCAGCUCCCAGUGAAGGAAGGGGUGCUGGAGAACCUAGAGGGAUACCCCCAGACUAUCAUCAACUCUGUACCAUAGGACAUGCUGACUGUACUACACAGAUACUGACACACUGCUGAAUAGAUACAGAAACUGAUGCUGAAGUGUUUUUUGUUUUGUUUUGUCUUUUAAAAACAAACAACCUGAAUUUAAAGUAUUGCCAUCAGCCAAAACACUACACCCUCUGGGUAAUAUCAUGUAGCAAACUAGAAGUUUAGGUGAUAUUAGAAACAUGGCUAUGGUUCAUCAUGACAAUAAUAUUAGAUUAGAGAGUAGUUGAAAUGUAGACUUUAUGAGAUUAUGCCUUCACUAAGUAUCCUGAUUGUUACUAGUGGGAUUGAAGCAUAUACCUGUGGAGAGGGACAUGUUUGAGUAUAGCCUGUGUGAGUAUUUAACAUCCAUAGUUGUCAGCGUAAAAUAUAACUAUCAUAUUAGCCUACAUUUUUUUAUUUUGAUGAGUUUAAAACUCCUGUCAUUAAACCCAUAAAAGGGGUGAGUUACAUUUAAGUAACUACAUUGAUGAAAGCCUCAAUCUCAGUAUUUUCUAUUGAUCAAGCUCAAAUAAAUCACACUACAUUGAAACACUGCUAAAUAUCCAGGUUACAAAAUCUUAAGAUGCCAGAUUUUAGUUUAGGGUUGUAUGUGGACACCCCUUCAAAUUAGUGGCUUCGGCUAUUUCGGCUACACCCGUUGCUGACAGAUUUUUUUUAAA